GCGUGGCGUGUCUGUCUGUCGCUCGGAGGGUGGACGCCGGGGUCUCGCAGGCCACAUGAUGACUCUGUGCCUCAAUUGCUCUGUCCUUCCUGGAGAUCUGUCCCCAGGGGGUGCAAGGAGCCCCAUGGUUUGCAAUGGCAGUGCAGCCAGGGGGUACUUUGACCCUGAGGACUUGAACCUGACUGACGAGGCACUGAGAUUCAAGUACCUGGGGCCCCAGCAGACAGAGCUGUUUGUGCCCAUCUGUGCCACGUACCUGCUGAUCUUCAUGGUGGGUGCUGUGGGUAACGGGCUGACCUGCCUGGUCAUCCUGCGCCACAAGGCCAUGCACACGCCCACCAACUACUACCUCUUCAGCCUGGCCGUGUCGGACCUGCUGGUGCUGCUGGUGGGACUGCCCCUGGAGCUCUAUGAGAUGUGGCACAACUACCCCUACCUGCUGGGCAUUGGCGGCUGCUAUUUCCGAACGCUGCUGUUUGAGAUGGUCUGCCUGGCUUCAGUGCUCAACGUCACUGCCCUAAGUGUGGAACGCUAUGUGGCUGUGGUACACCCGCUCAAGGCUAGGUCCAUGGUGACGCGGGCCCACGUGCGCCGAGUGCUUGGGGCCAUCUGGGGUCUCGCGAUGCUCUGCUCCCUGCCCAACACCAGCCUGCAUGGCAUCCGGCAGCUGCACCUGCCCUGCCGGGGCCCGGUGCCUGACUCAACCAUGUGCAUGCUGGUCCGCCCACGGGCCCUCUACAGCCUGGUGGUGCAGACCACCGCGCUGCUGUUCUUCUGUCUGCCGAUGGCCAUCAUCAGUGUGCUCUACUUGCUCAUUGGGCUGCGGCUGUGGCGGGAGAGGCUGCUGCUCAUGCAGGAGGCCCAGGGCAGGGGCUCCGAAGCUGCCAGGUCCAGAGACACCUGCAGGCUCCAGCAGCGAGAUCGGGGCCGGAGACAAGUGACCAAGAUGCUGUUUGUCCUGGUCGUGGUAUUCGGCAUCUGCUGGGCCCCGUUCCAUGCAGACCGCGUCAUGUGGAGCCUCGUGUCACAGUGGACAGGGGGCCUGAAGUUGGCCUUCCAGUACCUGCACGUCAUCUCCGGUGUCUUCUUCUACCUCGGCUCGGCAGCCAACCCGGUGCUCUACAGCCUCAUGUCCAGCCGCUUCCGAGAGACCUUCCAGGAGACCCUGUGCCUCAGAGCCCGCUGCCACCGCCUGAGACCUCACCACAGCUCCUACAGCCUCAGCAGGGUGACCACAGGCAGCACCCUGUGUGACGUGUGCACCCCAGGCAGCAGGAUCCACCCCCUGGCUGGGAACGAUGGCCCAGAGAGGCAGCAAGAGACUGACCCGCUGUGAGUGGAGCCUCAAAGUGGCUUCACCUGGAGGGGCCGGAGGGCCACGUGGAACUGCGUGGAACUGGGGAGACACACCUGCCUUCCUCUGCAGGGAUACCUUCACCUGCUGUCUCCUGUUCAGCCUAGAGAUUCUGACUGGCAUGUCAGUUUCCCUCAGAGGGAAACAGCAGGAGGAAGGACUGAUCUCUGAUUGCUGAGGACUCAUACUGGCCAGGCGCCACACCGUGUGCUUCUU